GCUCUUCACUAUAUAUAAAUCACAAACGAAAGUUGAAUAUCCUUAGAAACCACUUUAUUACAUUUAGAUAUUUGUGUCACAGAAAAUGAAUAUCAUGUAUCUCACUCUUACUACUAAUGUGCUAGUAACAUUACUUUUACUCUUACCAUCACCAACAAACCCAAAACAAAUUCCAGUUCCAGUCUUAGCAUCACCCACAAACCCAAAACAGAUUCCAAUUCCAGCAGUAUAUGUUUUUGGUGAUUCACUUGUUGACAGUGGUAACAACAAUUAUCUUCCAAUAGAAUCAAAUGCAAAAUUUCUUCCUUAUGGUAUAGACUUUGGUGGCAAACCUACUGGUCGAUGCACUAAUGGAAAAACCGUGGUUGAUUACUUAGCUAUACAUCUUGGACUACCUUUUAUUCCUCCAUAUUUGGGCCUUACAAAGAUACAAAGACACAAAAUCAAAACUGGCAUAAAUUUUGCAUCUGCUGGUUCUGGCAUUCUUCCAGAAACCAACAACAAUCUUAGUUUGCCUCUUGACAAACAGAUAAAAUUAUUCGAAAAGUUUAUUAAGAAUAAUUUACCAAAUAUGUUUGCUGAUAAAGUAGAGAGGCAUCUAUCUGAAUCACUGUUUGUUGUCUCCACUGGUGUGAAUGACCACUUCACUGCUACCAGAAAUUUUCGUGGCUCUAGAAAAUUUGACUCCUAUCUGCUAAAGGAAUUUUCCCUACGCAUUCAGAAAAUGUACAGCCUAGGAGUUAGAAGGGUUUUUGUGAAUAAUUUGCCACCAGCUGGGUGCUUUCCAUCAAGAGCUGCAAAAUCAAGAGCAAUAGGAGAAUGUAAUGAGAAAAUAAAUAGGGCAAUUUCCAUUUACAAUAGUCAUUUGCCGAAUUUACUUGGAAAGCUGCAGUCCCAACUUCCGGACUUUACCUUUAUUCAUUCAGAUCUGUAUGAGCACCUUAUAGGAUUAAGGAAAACUGGAUAUAAAUAUGGUAAGACAUUGAUUUAUAUAUAAUGACUUGUGUUGACAUUGUUGAAUAAUAUAUAAUUUAUUUAAUUUUCAGGGAUAUCGGAAAUAUGGAGACCUUGCUGCCCAAAUAGCAUUUCCGGUGAUCUCAUAUGCCAUCCGUACAAUGCUACUUGUGAAAACCGAAAUAACCACAUCUUCUUCGAUGACCACCCAUCACAGAUGGCGAACCAUAUAUAUGCCAGACAUUGCUUCGUUGAGAAGACAAUAUGUAAGUCAUCGGGCAUCAUGAUGUGAUGUGAUAGGAGGAAGGAAUAGGAUCCUUGCUAUUAUUAGUACUAAUACUAUGAAGGGAUGACCAUAUGUUGUUGUCUCAUGAUGUUUGUAAUUGUUAGUGAUAAUAUAAAACAAACUAAAAAAUAAAAUAAAAUUAUGUUGGCUUUGUGGGCAAAUUCAAAACCUAUAA